CUGGUACUUGCACUUUCAGAAUGUAUUUUGCGUUCAAAAGCACACAGGCGCCAGCAAAAAAAAUAGAGCGAAUGCUUUCGUGUAGUAACUGGUACGUAAGCGCGAUAGAGACGGCGGAAAUAUGAAUUUGACUGAUGAGUAAAGAAGUGCGAGACAUUCACGAUGAAGUGCAUGAUACCUGGCAGUAACAUCAAAGUGUUUGGAAGAAGCAUCCACUGUUUAUCAAAGAUUGGAGAAGACUUGUACAUUGAACCUUUAGAUCAUGGGCUGGCUCUCAGGACAGUGAACUCUUCCAGGUCAGCUUAUGCCUGCUUUCUAUUUGCUCCAAGUUUUUUUCUGUCAUAUAUCAAUGAGUCAUGGAAUGAGCAGAAGGCCAGCCAACAGGAAGAGGACAGCUUUAGAUGCAGAAUAACCAUGAAGUCUUGCCUGUCGGUCUUUAAAUCACUCUACACACUGGAGAAAACAGUCGAUAAAUGUCAGAUUUAUGUUGAUCUGAAAGAUUGCCGACUAGUCUUUCUUCUUCAUUGCAAGCAUGGCAUUGUGAAGACCCAUAACCUUACUUAUCAAGAAACAGAGACUCUUCAAGCUGUGUUCUCCAAAGAUCUUUGUCCUAAUCACAUCAUUGCUAAUUCAAAGGCUUUGAUUGAAGUUGUCAGUGGCUUCCAGACAUCGCAAGAGGAGAUUACAUUGAAUGUAAAUCCUCAACAAGUCAGCUUCAAGAACUAUAUAGAAGAUGAACCAGAUCCUAAUAAGGUUGUUCACUCUGAGAUGUUUCUUAGUCCAAGUGAGUUUGAUGACUACACAAUAGGUGUUGAUGCAGAAGUAACAUUUUGCCUAAAGGAAUUAAGGGCUGUGUUAUCUUUUGCUGAUGCUUCUGGCUUACUAGUGUCACUGCACUUUGAAUCCACCGGAAAACCUAUUGUGUUUUCAAUGGAGAGUGAUCAAACUAUAGAAGCAACAUUUGUCCUUGCGACCUUAGCUGAUCUUCCCUCAAGUCAGAAUUCCUCUCAGCGCAGAGUCACAUCAGCCUCUCAACACAGUGCAGUCAAUCACUCUAGCCACACUCACAGGGAAACUAGGACUACUGAUACGCAUACACAGAAUGAAGUGAAUUUUCGAGAUGACCUGAACAGCAAGAAGAGAAGUAGGCAUUGCAUACAAUCAGAAUCACUCAGGAUGGAAGAUGCUGAGCCUGAGUUUGAGCUGGGAAACAUCAACAGGAUAUCAUCAAGGAGUUCCAGUUGUGCUGUCAUUCCAUUGCAUUCACAUAUCCGCCAAGCACAUAAGCAUCAGGCUAGACCGGCACUCUUCCCAGAACUCUCAUCUGACCCAGCAGACAGUGAAGAAACUACUCAGGUACCCAGACCAAACCGGACACUACUAGCUAAUUUUGAAGAGUGUGAAGUGGGUGAAGAUGGUCAUGAUUCUCAACAGACACAUAUGGCUUCCGUGGAGCAGGCUGUUGAUAAAGCCAGUGUCAGUGAUAGUGAGGACUUAGACUUCGUGCCGGGAACUCCUCCCAGUAAAAAGUUCAAGUCUAUGUUCUUUGGAGCAUCUCAACAGGCAAGCCAACCAGUUGAGCCUGCCCAGAACUCAACUGUGGUGUUGUGUGAGGAUACUGAUGAGGAUUCUGAUUGAGAAUCAGCACUAUCCUUACUAUUGGAAUCAUCUGACAGUAUACUGGGAACUUCAGGAGAAUAUGAUUGUAGCAAUAGCUAUAUAAAGUGACAUUCAUUCCUGCUUCUCCAAAUAAUAUUACAUUGAUAUUCAGUGACAGAGAGUAGGAAGUAAACGAGCAGCAUUUCUUCAUAGUACUAACAGAUUCACCAAAAACUUUUAAGCUUUUAAUACACCCUAAGUAGUUGCAUUCCAAGUCUUAUGUGUGCACCACAACUUUCAAACUUGACUAUCCAAUUAAACACACUACAUUUGACAGAAGUAGGUCACCAAUUUCAAGCUGUAUCCAAAUACUGCUUGACUGUCACUUACCUUAGGUAUUAAAAUACAGUUUAACUAUCUAAUUAAACACACUACAUUUGACAGCAGUAGGUCACCAAUUUCAAGCUGUAUCCAAAUACUGCUUCACUGUCACUUACCUUAGGUAUUAAAAUACAGCUUAACUGGACUUUAUAUGUCAUUGCAUUAAGUUUCAUAAAUUUGGCUGUAGUCAGUAGAUCUUAAAUUCGAAACUGCCUGAUAAAUUCACAUGUAACUGUGUAGUUCCUAUUUUUAAUACUUUGGCAAAUUGGCACAAAGUUUCCUAUCAGACCUACAUUGACUGUUGACCAAGAUGUUGAAAACUCUCCUUACUCUGUAUUCCCUAGAUCGUCGUUUUCCCCAAAGCUAAUGGAAAACAGAGUGCUCUUUCGGUUACUAGGGAAGCUAGUUUUCUUGUAACACCGGUUACGGAGCAUUUAAUACACAAGUACAGUUUACAGUGCCUCACCCGUAGAUUCGGCUUCAGUGAAUACAUGUAUAUGAUUAAAUGUUGGAAUAUUAGUGACCAAAUAGUUCCAUAUCAUCUAUGCAAGUAAGAGAACAUUUGAGUCAAGUGUAACACACUGA